AUGCAGAUCGUUUUAUCCGCCGUUAUCUUCCUUGCUUUAGUGGCAUCAGCCAGAGAUUUCGUCUUAUACGAUGAUGCUAACUAUGGUGGAGCUGCUCAUAUCGAGGCAUGUAAUAACGAUGCCGCCUGUUGGAAUCUUAACGGUAAAGGCGAUCGGGCGAGUUCCCUAGGAGGUGAUGCAGGAUGCACUAUAUUCUUCCGGGAAUGCGACUGUAGGGGAUCCAACUGGCAGCAGCGUGGCUCUGCACCUACUGUUCCGAGCUUCCUCAAUGACCACAUCUGGUCAUUCCGCAACCAAUGCUAA